AUGGCAUUGAAACUUGAAUUCCACCCUAGGAUAGAUUCAUGCCGCAUGCGGUUUGAUCCCUCUCUCCGUUCAGAAAUCAUCAAGAAAAUACUUGUCCAAGAGAAGAUUGAGACACUCCCCGGCUCGCAGGAGCCCUGGUCCAACAAACCAUACUACAAGUCCACCCUCGCCAGCAACGCACAAUAG